CGCAGCUCAUUUGUUUAAAUCCGCAGCUGACGCCUGCCACCUCUCUAUAGGCACCAGUCACACCACAGACGCUCUCGGCAUCCGACGGUGACCAGUCUGGGGCCUCGCAGCUGCAGCGAUGAGCUACCCCCUCACCCUGGACAUGGAGCUCAUGAACUACAACAUGGACGAUGUGUACAAUGUACUGGCCAACUAUAAUGACAGCACGGAGAUCCCUCUCUUGGAGAGCCACUUCUGCUCCACAGCUGAGGGGCCCCUUCUGACCUCCUUCAAGGCCGUGUUCAUGCCAGUGGCCUACAGCUUCAUCUUCCUCCUGGGUAUGAUGGGCAACAUCCUGGUGCUGGUGAUCCUGGAGCGGCACCGGCAGACACGCAGCUCCACCGAGACCUUCCUGUUCCACUUGGCAGUGGCUGAUCUCCUAUUGGUCUUCAUUCUGCCCUUUGCUGUGGCUGAGGGCUCAGUGGGCUGGGUCCUGGGGACCUUCCUCUGCAAAACUGUGAUUGCCCUGCACAAGAUCAACUUCUACUGCAGCAGCCUGCUCCUGGCCUGCAUCGCUGUGGACCGCUACCUGGCCAUUGUCCAUGCCGUCCAUGCCUACCGCCACCGCCGCCUCCUCUCCAUCCACAUCACCUGCGCGGCCAUCUGGCUGGCGGGCUUCCUCUUUGCGUUGCCAGAGAUUCUCUUCGCCAAGGUCAGCCAACCCCAUCACAACGACUCCCUGCCACGUUGUACCUUCUCCCAAGAGAACCAAGCUGAAACCAAUGCCUGGUUCACCUCCCGCUUCCUCUACCAUGUUGGGGGCUUCCUGCUGCCUAUGCUGGUGAUGGGCUGGUGCUAUGUGGGGGUGGUGCACAGACUUUGCCAGGCCCAGCGGCGCCCUCAACGGCAGAAGGCAGUCAGGGUGGCCAUCCUGGUGACCAGCAUCUUCUUUCUCUGCUGGUCGCCCUACCACAUUGUCAUCUUCCUGGACACCCUGGCAAGGUUGAAGGCUGUGGACAAUAGCUGCGAGUUGAAUGGCUAUCUCCCGAUGGCCAUCACCAUGUGCGAGUUCCUGGGUCUAGCUCACUGCUGCCUCAAUCCCAUGCUCUACACCUUCGCUGGCGUUAAGUUUCGCAGUGACCUGUCUCGGCUUCUGACCAAGUUGGGCUGUGCCGGCCCUGCCUCCUUGUGCCAGCUCCUCCCCAGCUGGCGCAAGAGCAGUCUCUCUGAGUCAGAGAAUGCCACCUCCCUCACCACCUUCUAAGACCCAAUGCCCCCCUUUGUUUCUGCUUCCCUGGGGGCAUUCGAGGAUGCUGGAGCCUUUUCCAACGGGAGCUGGCAUCCUAAAAGCCACGGAGGUGAGUGUCCCUUGGGGCAGGGAGAUGAACCAGUCCUCCUUGAAGAUGUCCCUGCAGCUCUUCUGCCAGCCCUGGGGCUGGGCUGAAGCCCAAGGAGGGGAAAGCAGCCGGAAGGCAAAGCAAAGGCUGUCUGUCCCAUCUGCACCACCCUGAGCGAAGAGGACCCCACACACCUUCUCCCAUCAUCACCCGUCAAAGCACAAGAACCAACAUUUACUUCUACCCUGGCCAUGAAGGAAAGUCAGUCCCCUCCCAGAACACACUCCAUCAUCUUAGGGCUGCUCACUGCCACAGCUACCCACCUCACCUCUGAUGCCAUUUGCUGAACGAAGCCAGGAGAAGCUGGGCACCAGAGGAUGAGUCGAGGUUAAGGCUGAGGGACGGCCAGCUGGCAGCAGUGUGACCUUAAUGCACCUUGGGCCCUUAAACUCAUUCUGCCAGGACCCCAGCCCGUCAGUCAUCUCGACCAAGUAGGAAGGUGGGAUUGAUUCACUUUAAGUAGCUGCCCUGGCUGUGACCAAAACAGCACUGGGUCAGCCCCAUGUCACUGGCUCCUGGUCUACAGACUGAGAACAGACUCCAGGUGCCACGGAAGGCAGCCAGCACCCUAGUCAGGAACUAAGGGAGAGCUAGGAGAGGAAUGCAGUGGGAGAAUGGAAAAUCUCCCUCUGCAGCCCCCAAGGGGACAGAUACAAAUCAAGCCCAGUUGUCAUCUCUGCCCAGGAACCAGAUGGAGGUGGUUGGAGCAGUCCCAGGAUGGACGUGAAGAGACAGGAUCCAGGGCCCUAGCAGGUUCUGGGUACUGAUGGGGAAGAAAGCAGCCUUGGCCUCCUUUCCACAAUCUACAGGACCUAUAAAAACUAGAACAGCAGAGGGGUUCAGGCCGCAGCAGCAGAUGCCCUUAGCUAAAAGUCAGAAUGGAGUAGAGACCCGCUGAGGAGAAAGACAGAUUAAAGGGGACCUCUGGAAGUCAUCUCAUCUAGUCCCCCACCCCCAUGUCACCGUAAGUAAGGUAGUGUAAAAACCGGAUCUGGCCAGGGAAGUCCCCAGACCCCAGGAAGCCUGCCCCGGCCCUGAGAGGAUACCACUCAGAUGGAACCAGAGGAAGCUGCUCCAUGCUUAGGGAGGCCUGUCAGGCAUUUCCGGGCUCUCCUUCCCCCUCAGCCUAGACUGGGGUGGGGGUCAGGGGCCCUGGCACCUGCUGAGGGCCCAUCUGGGUUCCCCAGUGCUCAAGCCUAUCAGCCAAACUCCCUGGGAGGCCCCCACUGGGGAAGUUAGGGCUGUGGCCCCGGAGGAGGCCGGGCCCUCACCAUAAAAUGAUGGGGAAGCCCUGUGGUCCCCCUUUUUUUCUCCCAGCAUUUUAAUAGCAAGCUGGGUAAUGGGGGAACCAGACACAGAAGCAAAAAAGCAACAGGUUGGAUUUUGAAUUUUCUUUUUAAUAAAAAGGCACCUAUAAAACAGGUCAAUACAGUACAGGCAGCACAGAGACCCCCGGAACAAGCCUAAAAAUUGUUUCAAAAUAAAAACCAAGAAGAUGUUUUCACAUAUUGUAUUUAUAUAUUUAUAUUUAUAUAUAUAUAUUUAUAUAAUGGUACAAAAUGGCUGGGGGUAUGGCCAUGGAUGGAGGAGAAAGGCUGGCCGCUAGAGCUCACCUGGGAAGCUAGUGGCAGAGAAAGGAGCAGAGGGGACCAGGAGGGUGUGGGUCCCUUGCGGUCUAAGCCCUCUCCUGGGGCAGGAAACACUUAGAAUACGACAGUUUGGGCAGUCUUGGAAGAGGGGGGCGCUCGGGGGCACAGGGCCCCAGGCAGAGGCAGGCAGCACGCCUGGUGGGAUGGAAGGCAAGUGCUCCCCCAACACAGGGCCCCUGGCCACGGCCCUGGAGGUGCUGGGGAAAGUCAAGAGCCCACAGCCAGCCCGAGAGGAAGAAGUGGCGCUUGACCUGGCUGACGGUGGACCAAGAGGUCAGCACCAGACUGGGAGAAGUGGGCACGAAUUCCCUUUGUAUUACAGCUGCCAAGGUGAGACCAGGCCCUGCAGGUCAGGAAGGCUGGGGAUGGGGCUCUGGUAGACGACACCCUGUCUAGAAUGGCCCUUGGCCCUGCAGGUGGGACACAAGAGGGCUUGGCCACGGAACUGCCCCGCCACCUCACGAGGCAGGAAAGGAAGUGAGAGAAAGAGAAGCUUCUUACUCCUAGGGCCAAUGGGGUCAAAACACCCAGUCCCUUAUGGCUUCAGCUCUGACCAGUGGUGGCGGGGGAGGGGAAGAGCUCUCCUGGGAAGGAAGGAGGGGACUUAGAGGGAGCAGUGGCUGUGCUUGGGUGAGCACUGACAGAGGGCACACAGCCCUCAGCCCUGGGCACAGGGACCGAGCCAGUGAGUGGGCAGGCAAAGAGGAGGGGGCGGGAUGUUCCCAGGCCCUCCGGUGCUUCCUCCACUCCAUCCUGAGGCUGGAGGCUGGAGGCAAGGCAAACUCAGCCGAGCCCUGGCCUUCCUUCUUUGGUAAGAAGUAGGUGGCCACCUCUGGGAGAGUCAGAGGUCCUGGGUAUUGGCUGGCCCAGGGCUAGGGCAGCCACAGACUCCAGCAGCAUCAGGCUCUCCCUGGCUCCACUCAAGGGGCCACUCGGAUGCUGCCCCUUCCUCUUUUCCUCCAUCCCAGACUGGAGACAAAGGGCUUCAAGUUCUGGCUAAAACAUAGCAGCAGGAGCACCCAGACCUCUACAGCGGGAAGCCACCGCCCUGUGUGACUGGUGUGGUGGACACACACACAUUCCCCAUGAGUCACUCAGCAGCAGGCAGGCUGCUGCCCUGGGGGUCUCGGCCCUGCUGGGCUCACAGGUGGAAGCCUUGGCGGUCUGACCUCAGUUUAGGUGUGGGGCACCUAUGUCAUCUUACCACUUGGAGAGGGGACAGAAAUGGUGUCCUUUACAGACCCAGAGACACUGCACAGUGGGUGGGUGUGUAAGACUGCAUGUCCCCGGAUCCAAGGGAAUGAAGGGGGCAAUCAUCUGAAGAGGGGGAAGGGUUUCUUUUAUCCUUUUUUUUUUUUUUUUAUGACUUCUAUCAAAACA